UCACCAUGAAGCUGAUACUUCUGUACCUGGCUGUGGUGCUCUGCACCGUUUGCAAAGCUUCAAUUAUCAGAAGUAGAGUUGGCCUCCAUACCUCUACAGGCCUUGGAUUGGGAUUGUUUGGAUCUGCUAAAAAGAAUACGAAUGCCAAGAGUUCUGGUGGGAGCAAAGAUGACAGUGUGUCUGAUAGAGGUAAAGAUAACUUGAGAAACGAGUUUAAACUUGGUGUUGAUGCCUCUGCAAAUCUAAAGUCUAGUUUAGGUACUUCUGAUGCACACAGUCUUGGAAGAAGUGAAACUCCUCCUCCAAAUCCUGCUCUCAAUUUGAUUAGAGUCCUUGAGUCUCUGCCCAUAUUAAGAGGUGAUAUCCAUGGUGAUAUCAGUGUAGGAGGUGGCAUCAGCAGACUUCAUGGCAGCGGGUCAGCCUCAAGUGGAAACAAUAGACUAAAUGUAGAUUCAUCAAAUGGACUCUCUACAGAGUCAGGAGAUGAUCAUUCACUCCAGGGUCAAGAAGUAGCUGCAUCUUCUAGAUAUGACAAGAAUGUAGAGAGUAGCAAUUCAUCUACAGGCUCUGCAAACUCCAAUGAAGGAGCUGGCACACCUAGUGAACAUUCAAGUGACUUGAUAUUGGAAGAAGUGAAAGACAUAGGAAAAAAGUACCUGACUGGUCCCAUUUUCUCAGGAACCACAAGUGGAAGCAGUGGGCUGCAUGUGCAUUCUUCACUUGGACUCUCCCCGGAGUUAGGAGAUAAGCCCACAGUCCAGGGUCCACAAGCAGAUGCAUCUGGUACACAUUUGCAGAAUGUAGAUAGUAACAGUUCAUCUACAGUCUCUCCAACCUCCAAUGAAGGAGCUGACCAGCUUAGUGACCAUUCACGUAAACUCCUUGAAGAUUUGCAAGAAAUGUUAAAAUCGUUCUCAAGUGACACCAGUGGCACAGGAACCUCAAGUGAAAAGAGUAGGCUGAGUUUCCUCCCAUCUCCUGAACUCCCCACAGAGUUAAGCAAUGGUCAUGUACUCCAGAAUCAACCAAGAGUUGCUUCUAGUACUCCUAAUGUAGACAUUAGUGGUCUGUCUACAGUCUCUUCAAUCUCCAAUGAAGAAAAUACACAUGAUUCAGGUGACUCCAAUGAAGUAAGUGGGCCAAGUUCCUCAGCUGUAGUUGCUACAGAUUCAGGAGAUCAUGGGAAUCUAGAUGAUAAACAAGUACCUGGGCUUAAUGGACAUGAGGGGGAUGGAGAGAAUAACAGUGGAUCUUUCGGGACUGGAAGCUUGGAUACUGAAAGUAAGAGUGGAAGCCAUAGUUUGUCUUCUGGGUCUGGAAGUAGUCUAAGAAGUAAUGCUGCUGCUGGUGUUGAUCCUUCUGACCAAAAUGAUCCUGUUGGCGUUGGUGUUAGUGGCAGAGUUGCCUGUUCUCCUGACAAGACUGUAUCUGGAUGA